AUGAUUUUCCGCCCCGAGCCUCUUUACGCGCUCAACGCGUCAACCCUUUUCAUUUACCUGCGUGUCUGGAUUCAUAUUGGUUUUUCUAUUUCUACACAGACAUUUACCAUGUCGGACUAUGAAGAUGAAAUGGACGUGGAUGCGCCCAAGGACGUGCAAUUCACCUCCGACAACGCAAGUGGAAAAAAGAGAAAUGUCGCCGAUCUACCAGUCGAAGCUCAAGAUAAUUUGCCGUGGGUCGAGAAAUACCGACCAAGCAGCCUGGAUGAUGUCUCUGGCCAUCAAGACAUCCUCGCGACUAUCAAUCGGUUUGUGGAGACAAAUCGACUACCCCAUCUCCUCCUCUAUGGACCUCCGGGAACCGGAAAGACUUCCACUAUCUUGGCCCUGGCGCGGCGAAUCUAUGGCACAAAAAACAUGCGACAGAUGGUGUUGGAGCUGAAUGCAAGUGAUGAUCGUGGUAUUGACGUUGUUCGAGAACAAAUCAAGACCUUUGCAAGCACCAAACAGAUCUUCAACAUGGCUCCCCAGGGCACUGCCGGCUCUCCUCUGGCAGGUUACAAAUUGAUCAUUUUGGACGAAGCCGAUGCGAUGACUUCCACCGCACAAAUGGCCCUCCGUCGUAUCAUGGAGCGCUACACUGCUAAUACUCGAUUCUGCGUCAUUGCCAAUUACACACAUAAGCUAUCCCCGGCACUGCUGUCCCGGUGUACCCGAUUCCGGUUUAGCCCAUUGAAGGAAGUCGAUAUUCGGACCUUGGUCGACAAAGUGAUUGAGAAGGAGGGUGUCAAGAUACAGCCCGAUGCGGUCGAUAGUCUCGUGACCCUGAGCAAAGGUGAUAUGCGACGAGCCCUCAACGUGCUUCAGGCAUGCUUUGCCAGCAGUAUCCCACUGCCGAUGAGAGACGCCCCCAAAACUCCUCGUCCCGAACCCGAGGCUGUCACCAACGCAACGAUUUACGACUGUAUUGCUGCCCCACACCCAUCCGAUAUCCAAGAAAUCAUGACCACCAUCCUCUCCACCAGCGAUGUCACUUCCUGUCUCAACACCGUGCAGACCCUCAAGACCAACAAGGGUCUGGCUUUGGCCGACAUUCUCUCCGCACUAGCAGACCAACUCCAACGGCUCGAAGUCCCCGCUCAAACACGCAUCACGUGGCUCGAGGGACUGGCCGAGAUUGAAUGGCGACUUGCUGGGGGUGGUUCGGAAGCUAUUCAAACUGGAGGGCUCGUCGGCGUGGUGCGAAAUGGAUGUGAGUUAAUGGGGGACAAGGGUGUUGCGGUAUAA